UGGGCCCAGAAAGUCAAGCAGAUGGACACAGAAUUUGGGGAAAUGGGGACACUGAGGCUUUCUGCUGCGGCCUCAGGGGGAGUGACCCUGGCACCCAGUGAGAGUUACGCUCAGGGAGCAAGAACAAAUUUCUUAGGUUGUCUCUGGCAGGUUGUGUGCCUGGCUGCAAGGCCCUUGGUGCUCAGGGAGAGCUUAUUGGGGGGCGGGGGACGGACAGUCUGACUCCGUCCCUGCCUUCCUGACCUUGUUCAGACUCAAACCUGAAUCCAUCAAAGUCCAAGGGAACCAGUCAGGAGCAUGGCCCCCUGCCCCCACACCUGUAGUAACUGGUAACUGGCCUGGGUUCGUCCAUCUGACUUCAGUUGGAAUGUUCCAUUCCACUGAGGGGGUUAUUGUUGCCUUCAUUACAGGUUGUGAGGGAACAUGGCAGCACUGGUCGGGUGUGAAUACCCAGAAUAGCAUGUCCAGACACAGGUGUGACCAGUGCCUGUCUUCACGAUAGCCCCAACCUCUAAGCUGCGCCCAGUGAGCCACAGGACCCAACUGAGCUGGGAAGCGGCCCACCAGCCACGAGGCGGCCAGCCCGAGGAGUGGUGACAGCGCAGGAGCUCCUGGCUGGGGGGAAGGGAGGAAGGAGGAGAAACAAAGGCGAGUGUGCCUGGCGCCGCCCACCAUGUGUCAGUCAGAGGCUCGGCGAGGACCGGAGCUCCGAGCAGCGAAAUGGUUGCACUUCCCCCAGCUGGCACUGAGGCGGAGGCUGGGACAGUUGAGCUGUAUGUCCAGACCUGCCCUGAAACUGCGCUCCUGGCCCCUGACGGUCCUCUACUACCUCCUGCCCUUCGGUGCCCUCAGACCGCUCAGCCGGGUGGGAUGGAGGCCCGUAAGCAGGGUGGCCCUGUACAAGUCAGUGCCGACGCGCCUGCUGUCGCGGGCCUGGGGCCGCCUCAACCAGGUGGAGCUGCCGCACUGGCUGCGCAGGCCUGUGUACAGCCUGUAUAUCUGGACCUUCGGGGUAAACAUGAAGGAGGCCGCCGUGGAGGACCUGCACCACUACCGCAACCUCAGCGAGUUCUUCCGGCGCAAGCUGAAGCCGCAGGCCCGGCCCGUGUGUGGCCUGCACAGCGUGAUCAGCCCAUCAGAUGGGAAGAUCCUGAACUUUGGGCAGGUGAAGAACUGCGAAGUGGAGCAGGUGAAGGGGGUCACCUACUCGCUGGAGUCGUUCCUGGGUCCACGCAUCUCCACAGAGGACCUGCCCUUCCCUCCAGCUACCCCCUGCGGCUCCUUCAGGAACCAGCUGGUCACUCGAGAAGGCAAUGAGCUCUACCACUGUGUCAUCUACCUGGCCCCCGGGGACUACCACUGCUUCCAUUCUCCCACUGACUGGACCGUUUCCCACCGGCGCCACUUCCCAGGCUCCCUGAUGUCCGUGAACCCCGGCAUGGCCCGCUGGAUCAAAGAGCUCUUUUGCCACAAUGAACGGGUGGUCCUCACCGGGGACUGGAAACACGGCUUCUUCUCGCUGACGGCCGUGGGGGCCACCAAUGUGGGCUCUAUACGCAUCUACUUUGACCGGGACCUGCACACAAAUAGCCCGCGCUACAGCAAGGGUUCCUACAAUGACUUCAGCUUCGUGACGCAUGCCAACAAGGAGGGCAUCCCCAUGCGCAAGGGAGAGCACCUGGGCGAGUUCAACCUGGGCUCUACCAUCGUGCUCAUCUUCGAGGCCCCCAAGGACUUCAACUUUAAGCUGAAAGCUGGACAGAAGAUUCGGUUUGGGGAGGCUCUGGGCUCCCUCUAGAGCCUCUCUCCUGGUGGUGGCUACUGUGGGAGCUUUUUCAAACAGAAACAGGAGGGUCUUUUAGAGGGGAGCCUCCGCGGCUGGUCAGGGAGGGGUCUCAGGGCUGUGGAGUCUGACCAGGCAGGACCUGGGUGACUAGUUUCUGCUGUCCCAGAGAUGUAGAUGAGGUCAGAGCCCCUGUUGACCCUGGACCUAUGUGGUCCCCUCUUCCCACUCUAAAGAGAAAGAACAUGUAGGCCAAGAUGAUCUCAAAUUCCCUUUUGGAGAUUUUUUUAAUCUGUAUAAACUGGAGACCCUAUAUCUCCUGGCUGGGUGUUCAGUUGGUCUUGAUUUCUGUUGUAAGACAGAAGUGGUUAUGUAUCCCCAGCACUGCUUUUUGGCCUCCCCUUCUGCCUUUCCUGCACUGACUGGGCUGUGCUGCCCCCAGAGCAGGGCCAUGUGGCCUUUAACACAACUGCUUUCUGUUCCCAAUUCAUCCCACCAUGCUUGUUUGGGAAAAGCUGUCUCUCUGCACUUGUGGCUGAAUGCAUCAUCCUGGACUCUGCCAGUGUCUUCUGAGGGGGUCUAAUGGCAUGGCGCUUAGCAGGUCCCAUUGAGUGACCUUCCGGAGCUGGCAAGUCCUCUUUCCAGUAAGCAAGACCAGUUACUGAAUCCCCUGAACGGUGUCCAAAGUGAAUGGACAGGCAGGCAGGGGUGACCUAUGGGGGCCAGGGGAGAGCUUGUCCCCCACUCAUAUCCAGACCCACAUAAAACAUGGUAAGUUGCUGCUGUUGAUUCAGGGGCUUGUGUUGGAAGCAGAGGAGGAGCCUUGGUGUAUUGGGAGGGGGCGGGUCCGUGCCUACCACACCUGUCCCCAGGUAACAGGUACACAAUCCUUAGGGAGCCACCGACAGUGGGACCAGGGUUCAGGUUUCCUGGGGACGCUGUGAAUUUCUCCUGCAGGAGAAGCCAUUUGAACUCUUUCAACUGUAUCAGUAGCACAGUAUUUUUGUAUGAAAAGUGGGAGACUUCUGAACAGUAAUUCAUUUAAUUGCAACAUUUUGAAAUAAAAAAUAAAACUCA